UUGCUGAGGCUAUGUAAUGAGACAUCCAGAGAAAUUGUAUGGUAAUAGUAAUGAAAAAAAACAAUUGUAAAAAAUGUAAAGCUCUGGAUUUUAAUGUAAACACAACUAAACUAAUAGAUGUCUCUAUCGUUACGUUAACAUUUUAUGAUAAUCCAUAAAAUACAUUACAUAAUAAAAUAUAACAUUUGUUUCAAAAAAGUUAUAUAUCUUAUGGUAUAUUAAUUACAUCAAUUUACCUCAUAAUUAAUACGAUUAGAUCUUAUGACAAGAAAUUUUCGUUGAUAAAAAUGCGACGACCUACCGAACGAUCCACAUUAGACAUCAAGAUGGCUCAGCAAUGUGCACAACACGUUACCGCACAGAAAUUCCUCGUGAAAUUCUUAAACUGUUUAAAUAAUAUUUGGUAUAAAGGCUGCGUUGCUUUCUUUUGCGACGAAUUAACAGCAACAAAGAAACUCCGCUUCUUUGAUGGUGCUUUAAGGCCACAUCCACGCGACUCUGGGUUGGCUGACAUUACGAGAGUGCCCGGAUGCACCCGUGGGGAAACUACGUCAUUGUUCACCGCCGGACGCGCUUUGGAUUUUUAGAAUGGAUGAACACAUUUAAAUUAAUCAUAAAUGUACAGAAAAUGAAUAAUGACCAUAGUUGACAAAUCUCCAGAGAAACCUGACCUGGAGUCAGUGCGGUUCAAGCACUCCAGCUCCCUCACACCUUUCUCCUGCAGAGACAUGGAGAGCAGUAGUUCGAGCUGGAGUGUUGGUCCCUCUGCUACAGACAUUUCAAGGGCCAAAACUGCUUGCAUGGUCCCAAAUAUUGGAGCGACUGUGAAUGGAAGUAACAACACGUCUCUUCAAGUUGACAGGCCCCGAGAACAAGUGGUGAUGGCCAGUGGGGAUGGCAUUGCUCCUCCCCAGAAGGUCCUCUUUCCCCCAGAGCGGCUUUGCUUGAAAUGGAACCAAAGCCAUCGCAUUGGAUCGGGUCUCCAGAACCUGGGCAACACUUGUUUCCUAAAUUCAACCCUCCAGUGUUUAACAUACACGGCUCCCCUUGCGAACUACAUGCUGACCAGGGAGCAUGCCAAAACCUGUCAUGAGCCUGGGUUUUGCAUGAUGUGUACAAUGCAAUAUCACAUCAUCCAGGUGUUUGCCAACUCCGGAAACGUCAUCAAGCCUAUCGGGGUGCUUAAUGAACUGAAACGGAUUGGAAAGCAUUUCAGAUUUGGAAGUCAAGAAGACGCCCAUGAGUUUUUGAGGUAUACAGUGGAUGCUAUGCAAAAGUCCUGCCUCCCUGGGAACAAACUGGACAGGCAAACGCAGGCUACCACUUUUGUACAUCAAAUAUUUGGGGGUUAUCUGAGAUCGAGAGUCAAAUGUUUGAAUUGCAAAGCAGUCUCUGACACAUUUGACCCUUAUCUGGAUAUAUCACUGGAGAUAAAGACUGCUCAGACCCUUACGAAGGCAUUUGAACAGUUUGUUAAGCCUGAGCAACUGGAUGGGGAUAACGCUUACAAAUGCUCCAAAUGUAAAAAAAUGGUCACCGCCUCAAAGAGAUUCACCAUUCACCGCAGUUCUAAUGUUCUUACCAUCUCACUGAAGCGGUUUGCCAACUUCAAUGGAGGAAAAAUCACAAAGGAUGUAAGAUACACUGAGCAUCUAGACUUGCGUCCAUUCAUGUCUCAGUCUCAUGGGGAGCCGCAGGUUUAUGCUCUGUAUGCUGUGCUGGUUCAUUCUGGUUUCAGUUGCCAUGCUGGACAUUACUACUGCUAUAUAAAGACUAGUAAUGGGCAGUGGUAUCAGAUGAACGACUCAUCCGUAUCUCUCAGUGAUAUUAGGGCAGUGCUUAACCAGCAGGCAUACUUGCUGUUUUACAUCAGGUCACCUGAUUUGAAAAACAGAAGUGACUUUGGCCAGGUGAACCAUACACCGGGUCAGUCAUCUCCUCGACCAUCCAUUCCUCUCAAGAUGAAUGGACCUCAGUACACCUCCACAUCCUUUAUAGGUCCUCAGUUGCCACCACAUAUGACAAAGAAUUCGUCAUAUGUCAACGGAAACGGCUCAUCAAAGGACUACCAUAGUAGCACGAAACCCAACAGAAAUUUUUGUGGUGGGACCAAAAUUACUUCUGGUCCGUCUCAUUCAUCCUCCUCCGCAUCGUCUUCAUCCUCUUCCUCAUCUCUAUCCAACCCCCUCAUUCGACCCAUUGGCAUUCCCGACUCGUCUAAGAGGCCGAAGUUGACAUUUCUCAUAGGUCAGGGCAAGCCUGUGAGACCAGCCCAGACUCAGUCAAAUCCUAAUUGCUCCGUGUCUUCAAUCUCUCACACAUCCUCUCACACUCCCACAUCCUCCACCAGCUCAAUAACUACCUCAGAUGUCCCACAGGCCAAGCAGAUCAACGGAACUCACACUGGAGCUGCUUUUCUGGUCCCUUACGGUCAGGAAUCUUCAGAGGAGUCUGACCAGGAGAAUGGAGCCUUGAAGAACGGAACAGCUAAACCCAAUAUAAUCAAUGGGAAUGGGAUAAAGGAUGAAGUCGAAGCCCACAAUUCUAGCUCACAGCCUCAGUUUACCUCGAAGACAAACGGAUCCAACGGCUUGUCGGAGACGCAUGGGUGCGAAAAUGGCUCAGGAUCUGCCCAUAAAUCUCAGAACAGCCUUCCCAAAGCCAAUGGUUUUAAUCACACUGAUAAGGUUACAGGUACUUCACUUGUCUCGUCUCAUAAAACUAUUCCAUCUGAUAGUCUGGACUCGCAGUUGGGUUUGCGGUCAAGCUCCAAUCCACCAAGUACAGACCUUCAACAUCGUUCCUCUCCUCCAAGCAAAAUGAAUGAACUUUCAUCAGACUCUUGUUCUCAGUCUUCUUCUGCACAUCCACCAAAUGACUCCUCAGUCUCGACAAAGGACAAUGAGCAAGCAGCCUUAAAGGCUGAGUCGAUUCAGAAUCAUGCCACCCAUACAGCACCUGGCAUGUCAGACCUUCAGGUCAACCAUACCCUCAACCGCCUCCAUCCGGUUGAUGGUCACACGAGCCCACACAGGUUAAAAGAAACACGCAGGUGCUCAGAAGGUGAAACUAAAGAGUCAAAACCACCACACCCAUGCAAGUUUGGAUCUGGUGAGGGAAGAAGAUCAGGUGAAGACCACAAUAGACUUGUAGAGCGUCCACACUUUUCAUCCUCCAUGAAAGACAGGGAUGGAUACAGAUACAAUAGAGAAUAUGAUGACAGGAACAGGUACGGCUACGGGCACAGCCAUCGAGAGCAUCGUCCCAACAGGGAACGUUCUACCAGCAGGGAGCGCUAUUAUAGAUAUCGCAAUGGGGAACGACACACGGACAGGUACACACACCACCAUCGUGAGCGCUAUCAUUAUCAAAGAAGACCCAGGGAGGACCGGAGUCGCAGUAGAGAGAGGAGAAACGAUAGGAUUGGACACAACUCUUAUCGUUCUUUAGGACAUCACAGCAGGGAUGGUGUUUCCAGCAACGGGCAUCACAGCAGGGAUGGGGUUUCCAGCAACGGGCAUCAGAGCAGGGAUGGGGUUUCCAGCAACGGGCACAAUGGGCCAGAUGGUGGCAGAGGAAAGGAAGUCCAUAUGGUCAGCGAAAACGGCUCAAGAGCCAGAUCUCCACGUUCUGUCAGCCCACCGCCUGGGCAUCACAAGAGGAAACGCAGCUUGUCGGCGGAUUCAAGAGAAAGCUCAGAUGAGUGCCGGGCGAAGAAAGCCAAAAAAAAGAAUAGGAACAAAGACAAACACAGACACUCAGAGGAAGACCCUUCAGAGGUGAAUGAGGACAGCAGCUCUAAGAAACAUAAGAAGAAGAAGAAAAAGAAAAAGAAGAAGAGGUGGGACGAGGAGAAGCCUCACACCGGGAGAGACAGCACUUAUAAGCAGGACGAACACGAGUCUAGAUCGAGAAACGGUGGAGAAAGUCGUCAUCUCAGCUCUGAAUCUACUCACAGCAGCAGCCGAGAUCAUCAAACGGAGAACCAGCAACAGCUCAAUGGACAUAAAGCAAACGGUUUCAGCUGUUCCAGUGGAAGUGAACCUGACCUCUGUCAAAAUGGACUGGAGAAAGAUGUGAAACACAGAAACGGUACCACUGUCAACAGCACAAAGACACACUCGCAUAGAAAUGGAGAUGAUGAUUUGCGUCUACCACCGAAUCCCUGCAGAUGUUAAAGAAAUCACAAAUUCUCAAUGAAGAGAAAGUGUUUUUUCUUCCAUACCUAAGAACCUGAAACCACCCAUAAAAGCAUGUGAAAGACAAUAUCUACAGUUACCGAGUUCCCGACAUGGUGCUUAACAUUUAGAACAUACUAUAUUUUUACCGCAAAAUAAUUUUAAAAUGUCAUUAUUUCUUUUUCUUUUUUUUAAGCCUAAUGAUUUUUAGUACACUGUACAGAUAUGAACUUUGAUCAUGAAAAAAGUCUAUAUAAAGUUAAUAUAUGCGAUUAAAAACAAAAGCCUGGAGCUUAACAUCAGAGUUGCUGCUCAGACAUAGACUCAGGAUUUUCUCACUUUGUGAAGAUGAGACGUGCUCUCCCUUUAAGGAUUCAAACCUGGGAAAGGAAAGACCGUUUUUAUGCUGCAACGGCGGAGAAAGACUGCUCGUCUUUUGGAGUCAUGAUGUCAACGCUUUCACAUAUCGGUUGAGAGAACUGUCUCAGAAGUGCAGACUUUGCUAUUGCUACACGUGCACUUACAUCACAGUUAACCUGGACACACUUGAGGACAUAAGAUAGUUGCUUCGCUGUCUCUUGUACAUCUUUUUAGCAUCUCACUGUAAUAUUCUCCCUUUCUGAAAUUCAUAAAUCAAACCUGUCAAGAAUGCAAAUUCAUUGCAUCUAUUUUUUUUAUUGUUGACGUUUAGUUUUAUUGUAUCCACUUUAUUUUAGUCUAUAUAAUACUGUGAAUCUAAGUUGAACUGUACUAUCAGUUGUUUGUUUUUUGGUCCUGUAUCAGGAAUUCAUAAGAGACACUUUCUGUAAUGCCACUCUAUGGACAUAUGUCAAUGUUUUGUUUUCUCAGCAAAUGAGGCAUAAAAAACGGUUAUUCAUCGCAUUCAUUAUACUGUAGCAUGUCAAAGUUAAUGUAUACAGUGUACAAUAUGUUGAGUGAGAGGAAACAGCCUUAAUGUCUGAAAUUGUAAUAUUUUCUCUCACUGUGUUUACAGCAUUUUGUUGGAGUGAAUGGAUAUGUUUGUGAUGAUGGGAAGAGUUUGGUUUUGUAAAGGGUGGGGUUUCCUUUUUACAUAUAAAAGAAACAUUUGUGA